AUCCUCAUCAACAUCAAACAACUUCAUCUCGCGAUAGUUAGUCAUCCAAAAAUCAGUGAGACAUAACAAGGAAAACGGUCACAAACGCUUGGUGCAAGAUUAUUUCAACCCCAAUCCAACCUAGCACAUUAUGGUCUUUACAAGGCAGUAUCAGAUGCCUCCUACCUUAUCAACCGAGUCAUGAAUGAUGUUUUUCAGUACAAUUCCUACUUCAAGCAAGGGAAAGAUGUUAUAGGUCGUGACUCAUUAUCCCCACAUCAAAAGCUUACUAGUGUUUACUGUUUGGUUGCAUAUGGAUGUUCGACAUACUCUUUGGAUGAGAUUUGUCGAAUGGGUGAGAACACCAUACUAGAGUGUUUGAGGAAAUUUUGCUUGGCUAUCACCAAUAUUUAUGGUGCUCAGUACUUGUGUGCACUGAUAGUAGAAGAUACUCACCGCCUCCAUCGUGGUGCACAACGUGACUUUCCAGGAAUGAUUGGAUCAAUUGAGUGCAUGCAUUGGGAGUGGAAGAACUAUCCUACCGGGUGGACAUACCAAUACACUAGGCACAAGAAGAAACCAACUAUUAUCGUUGAAGUCGUAGCAUUGUACCGCACAUGGAUUUGACAUGCCUUCUUUGGAGCACCUGGAUCCAACAGUGAAAUCAAUACUUUUGGAGUAUCCCCACUAUUCGAUCAAACAAUACGAGGGCUAUUUAUGAAUGUGAGUUAUGGGGUAAAUGGUAAGAGGUACAAUCAAUGCUAUUACUUGGAUGCUUGAAUAUACCGAGUGAGCUACAUUUGUGAAGACUAUUAGCAAUCAAACAACUAGAAGAAGAAGUUGUUUGCAAAGUACCAAGAGACUUACUAGAAGGAUGUUGAGAAGGCUUUUGGCAUACUACAAUAAUGUGGGUCAUUAUGAUAUGGUCGGCUCGUUUAAGGGAUGAGAUUAUCUUAACUUGUAUUGUUCAGCACAAUGUGAUAGUGAAAGAUCCACGAUAUGAAUACGAGGAUGGGGAUGGUCCAAAAUGGACAACAUUAAUAUGAGAGUAAUCCAAAUGGUACAUGAGAUCCACCCAAUCCUAACAUUUUGACUCUCAUGGAGUACAUAGACAUAGUAGAAUUCAUGAUCGUCCUAGACAUCAUGCAUUGCAAAACGAUUUGAUUGAGCAUUUGUGGACAAAAUAUAGCGUGGAUUAGAGGUGAGUUUUUUUAGUGUUUUCUUUCUUGCAUUUUCUAUCUUUUCUCCUUCUUUUUAUAUUUAGGAUCAUCUCUCUUGAUCCAUGUACUCUUUGUUCAUUUCAUUUCGUUCAAUAAAUCAUCGUCAUUAUAAAAAAAGGGGGAGUAGCAAUGUGAUCUAUCUUUAUUCCCUAUGUUUUAUUGAAGUGUUCCUUACUUUCUAUUUGUUUAUUCCCUAUGUUUUGUUGAUGUGUUUAUAAAUUCCAUUUUCUUUACGUAGUCCCUAUGUGUUAUUGAUGUAUUUUCCAAGCAAUACUUAUCUAUUUUUGUCCUUGUUGUUGUAUUUUUAAGGGUUAAUAUGUUUGUGUGAUAUUAACCUUUUCCAUAUUUAACAUCAUGGCCAAUUAUUUUUCUAUAUAACAUCAUGACCUGAACUAACUCUACACUUUACUAAUUUGGCCAAAUCCGAGAGUUGAUCGUUAGUUUUGAAGGUCAAGACCGUUGACUAACGGUCAACCCGCCAUAUCACUGCUAACUCAGCAUCUUAAUAUUUUAAGUUAAAUAAAAAACCAAAUGGGGACCCUCUUCUUCCACGUCAGCAAAAUUAGAGUUGUCGUCACCGAUGCUACUGAAAUCCCUAAUGGAGUGUGCUCGGCUCGCAGAGUCAGAACUCGAAUCAGCCAUUAUAUCAUACAGCUUGGCGAAAUCGCGGAAUUGUUUCCCGAUGGCAAAGAGAGACGCUACUGGGGAAGCUCCCAGAGCCGGUGCAAGAAUACCCGAUAUUCGGACCUAAGUUGGUUUCCCGGCGUAACAGGUCGUUAGGGCUUGUAAGAGUAACAACAGAUCUACAAAGUGAAACCCUAAUCGCUUGGUCAUUUCCAUUCAUCACAAAACAAUUUAUAUGGCAGCUCUAGCACUACAAGACAACACUAGCCAGCUGCUUAUAAUCCCUUAAUAAGCAGAACGACGCCAUGGAGAGGAAACUUUGUGUAUCGCACAAGAGCAAUCUGCAAGUGGCCAAAAUGUUGCGUAUGGACUCUUCUUCUUCUCUGAUUCUUGCAAAAGGGCACAGUAGCCGUUGCAAUCGAAAUUUCAAUGUUCAAGUUCUGUUACCCCCCCCCCCCCCCCCCCCCCCCCCCCCCCCGGCAAGUUGGUGGCCAUAAAUUAUGCAUAUCAAGCAUGGAGGAAAGGGGCUGGUGAAAGGGGCUUGGUGAAGAUAUUGGCAAGUUGGUAACGGGAAGAAACAUGAAGUUACUUGAGGACUCCAGAUUGAAGCUUCUCACGGACAAGAUGGCAAUCGAGCUUGAUGUGCUCAAGUCGGAUUCUACGGAUUCUAGGAAAUAUAGAUGACGCUCUGAUUGUUGUAGUAUAACAGAGUAGGCUUGGGAUGGUCAACCUGAAAAUCACGAAGAAGAUAAAGGAGCCAUUGUACUUUGACAAACAAUAUAAGCCCAGGCUCGAUACUUUGCCUCACAAGAGGAAUGGGAAACCAUCAGCUGUUUCUUGCUCUUCCAAGAAAUCAAGGAGUCAUCGAGGUAAGCACAACAACCUGUGAUUGAGCGUCGUGUGUCAACACAAGCCACCCAAUCUGAAUCGGUGAAUGCUUUUUAUUAAAAGGAACCAUGGCUUGGAAAGAAAAGAUCAGUAGCAGGAGCUGUCUUAAGGUAUCUUAGAAUGCGCAAGACAGCUUUGUAGUGAGUGGUACUGGGAUUAGACAUGUAUUGACUAAGCUGUUGAGUGGCAAAACUGAUAUAUGGUCUUAUUGUAGUGAGGUAAAUAAGCUUCUUAACAAGGGUCAUGUAACGUUCAGGGUCUUCAUAAGGAGUGUCCAUGUCGUUGCUAAGAUGUAAUUUGUAAUCUAUAGGAGUGGAGACUGAUUUUGAAUGAAGUACACAUGUUUUUUCAAGAAUUUCCAAUGUGUAUUUCCGUUGUGAUAAAUGAAUCCCUCUAUUAUUUCUGACAACUACAAUGCAUAAGAAACAUUGCAGAACCCCCAAGUCUUUGAUAUUGAAUUAAGAAUGUAGAACUUGUUUUGAUGAUUGGAUUUUUGUAAGAUCAUUCCCACCUACCACCAAAUCAUCAACAUAAAUGAGAAUGCAUGUAUAGGUUGAACUGUGACUUUGUAAGACAAAGAGUGGUCAGCCAAACUCUGAAUGUAUCCCACUGCCUGCAACUUGUCUGUAAGUUUGGAGAACCAUUGGCAAAAAGCUUAUUUUAAGCCAUAGAGAGACUUUCUGAGGAGACAAACAUGAUUAACAAAACUUGGAGGGGGGUCAUAUCCUUUAGGUCAUGUCGUGUAGACUUCUUCGUGCAAAUUACCAUGGAAAAAUGCAUUGUUUACAUCUAGUUGCGCAUUGCUGCAACGACAAAGAAGGUUCUAAUGGUAGUCAUUUUGAUGACUGGAGCAAAAGUAUACUAAUAAGUAAUAAUCCACCCCUUCUUGUUGUGUAUUACCCUUAGCCACUAAUAUGGCCUUCCUCCUGUCCAGUGCCCCAUCUUAUUCAAACUUGGACUUGUAAACCCACAUGUCGCCUAUGUUCUUCUUGCCAGGAGGCAACUCAACUACAUCUCAUGUCCUAUUCUUAAGGAGGGCUUUAAUUUCAUGUCUCAUUGCAUCAUUCCAUUCUUCAGACUAAGAGGCUUCUUUGUAUGUAUUAGGUAAUCUUGGUGAGAAGAUAUAUUGAGAACAAAGUGUCCGUGAUAGAGCAGCAAGAGUGGUUUGGUCUAGUGAUGAUGUAGGAAUGAGAACAUCUAUCAUACCUUAAGUUCAAAUUUGCGAGUAAAAAAAAUGACAUGAC